AUGGAUCAGCUCCUUGAACGAGCCGAUAUUUGUUUGGACGAGUUUCUGGGACGCUCAAAGCCUCCUGCCAUCGCUGUGAACCCUAUCCAGCCCGUUGCUUCGAAGGCAAAGAAGUCAAACGCACCCCAAGGCCGACUUGAUCCAGCGCUGCAGCACGCUUCCAAUCUCCCCAAGCCACAACUGCAAUUCAGGCACAAAGUAGACAACAGUUAUCACACACUAUGGAAGCCCACACUUCAACAUAAGUAUAAUGCCCAGGUACCGCUAGGUUACAUCUUCCGAGAGGAAAACAGCGAAGGUGCUCCUGCGCUUAACGUUCUUCACCCAUACCGCUACGAGAUCAAGCACAUUUCCUACCCUUCACGAAUGUUCACCCAAUCUCCGCCAAUCUCUCCGCGCUCUUUCGCCGACACGCCUUUCACCUGGGUGAAUGACUCGGCUGCAUUCACGAACAUGUUGGACAAGCUCCGAUCCGCGCGCGAGAUCGCAGUGGAUCUCGAGCAUCACAGCUAUCGCACGUAUAGCGGGUUUGUGUGCCUUAUGCAGAUCAGCACUCGUGACGAGGAUUGGGUAGUUGACGCGCUUGCUGUUAGGGAUGAGAUGGAGGCGUUGAACGAGGUGCUCACGGACCCAGCGAUUGUGAAGGUAUUGCAUGGUGCAGAGAGCGAUAUCAUCUGGCUGCAACAGGAUUUCAAUCUUUAUAUCGUCAAUCUCUUCGAUACGUACCAUGCAUCUAAAAUAUUGGAAUUUCCCAGACACAGCCUAGCAACCCUCUUGGAGAUGUACUGUGACUUCACUGCUGAUAAGCGAUACCAGCUAGCGGACUGGCGCAUUAGACCUUUGCCUGAGGAAAUGCUUGCCUACGCUCGUUCCGACACACAUUUCUUGCUUUUCAUCUAUGACAAUUUACGUAACGCACUCAUCGACCGCGCGCAGUCGCGGCCUCAUUCCCGCUCCCAGUCCCCCUCCGCUGUGGUCACAAGCCCAUCCUCUCACCCUACGAACCAGGCCCAUGCACUCGUCCGCGAAGUGCUCUCACGUUCUGAGGAUACUGCCCUCCGAGUGUAUGAAAAAGAAAUAUACGAUGCAGACAGCGGUGCUGGUCCAGGCGGAUGGGACACCCUCGCGCGCAAAUGGAACAAGGGCGUGCUCAUGGCGGGCGCCCCUGAGGGUGGACCGUACGCGGUUCAGCGCACAAUUUACCGGGGUGUCCAUGCGUGGCGGGACAGGAUCGCACGGGAAGAGGACGAGAGCACUAGAUAUGUUCUCCCGAAUCAUUAUCUGUUCGUCCUUGCGGAGCGACCUCCGGCUGAUAUGGCCGCCCUGCUAUCUCUCUUGCAUCCUGUGCCUCCUGUUAUUCGUCGUCGAUCGAAGGAGCUGUUGGAUGCUAUACGUGCAGCUAUCGCUAGUGUUGCACCGGUAUCGAUGACAGUAGCGGAGGAGGCGAAGACAAACGUCCUCGCAGCAGCGGAUGGCUUGACUAUAGCAGACGAUGACAUGCAAAUUGAUAAGAAUGCGUCGUUGGCGACAAACCUCGCGGCUGACAGUGCUCGGACCUCACUCUGGUCUCAUGUCUCUCGUCCCCCGGCCGCCACCAUCUCUUCAAGCCUCUUCGGAGAUACUCUUGUGACGCGAGUGAAUAUCAAGCACACGACUGAAUGUGCUGCGCCUAGGAGUGCGCUGUUAGGCAAUGCACCGCCACCAAGAAGCCGGACCUCAGACCAAGCACGAUUCCUUGAAGUGGUCGCACGCAUUCACGGAACUCUGGUGAUCGCGCCGUCUGUGCCUAAACUCGCAGCCACUGCGCCUUCUUCGGCAGCCGGAUCGUCGUCUGGUGCUCGGACCGCUCCGGGCCCCGACUCGGACGAACGCAGGACAAGCUCCGAGAAAGGGACGAGUGCGGAUGAAAUCCCCUUUGUGCCUGCUGCGCAACGUCAGCAGGCCAAUAGCGCAGUCGUGGAUGAUUCCAUCGUGGUUGUAGGCCAGGCCAAGCCACAGAAGCGAAAGAGGGUCGGAAAGGGUAAAGGCAAGGCCGAUGGGUCGGAGACACCAGGCGCGGAGGACGUGAUGCCGUUUGAUUAUGGCGCGGUGUCGAACAUUCUGGACGAGGGCUCUGAGCCAGAGGCGGAAGAGCAAAGCAGUCGGAAGAAGAAGCUCAAGAAAGGUGCGGUGGCAUACCAGUACGGCGACUUCCCAGCACCACCCAAAGCACACAGCCAACCAAAAAGCGGGAAUGUAUCCCGCACAUUUAGAUAA